AAUCUGAAAAUUUUCUAGCGGACUUCAGUUAGUCAGUACAUUUCGUUAGGUUAAAAACACACAAUAACAUUUUCAGUGAACUAACACGCCACAAAAGUCCUACAUAAAUCGAAAAGGACCUUACAAUAGUUCAUUACCUGUAGCUUCUAUUUAUAACCACGAUGCAUAAUCUCCAAACAGAGUCGGAUCGCGUUGUCAAUGGGGUCUGGGAUAACCCGGGACUCUCGAUCUUCGCCACCUCCGCCCAGGAGCCCAUGCCCAAUCUGCUGACCCAGUUGAAACCAAUGCCGAAUGGCGAGAACGACUGUGUUUCUGACAAGGAUGUGUGCCGUAUGUUUACACAGUCGUCUGUGGCGGAAGCCACGUUGUACCGUCAGGUGAAACACCAGGUGGAGGAAGUAGCCGCCGUGCUCAACAGUCAUCUGCAUCCUGGCCAGCGGCAGGAGCAAACCGAUGUGGAUGUAACCCUGGCCCUGGCAAAGGAAUCGGCCCGCCAGCAGGUGGAGGCCAGCAGGUGUCUGCAACUCCAUCGCAAUGUGGAGAAUCUGAGGGAUCUCGAGAUGGAGGUGGCCCGGGCUCACACUGCCUUGGCUGUUAAGAACAAGAUCACACUUAAUAUCAAGCAGACGGUGGAGGAUAAGCAGCGGGAGCGGGCCGAGGCUUUGGCGGAGCAGCGAGCCGUGGAAAAGGAGUUGCGGGAGGAGAAGCAGAGAAGGGUUCAGAAGGCAGCCAUCUUCCGUAGGGAUCUCAUGGCCCAGAUCACCGAAGGUCGCACCAAGCGGAUACAAGAUCAUCAGAAGUCCGUGGCGGAGGGUCGUCUAGAGCUCAAGGAAUGCAGGGACAUAGUGGAGCAGGAAGGCCUAAAGGAUGCAAUCACGAAGGCGGAGCAGCGCAGGGUGCUUCUCGCAUCCCUCGACCAAUCGGCAGCCAUGCUGAAGCAAACCCGCGAGGCCUACGCUCUGGCCCAAAAGAAUAAGCCGGAGAGAGGACUCCUCGAUGCCCUGGGACCCGUUACGGCGGCCUAUGUGUCCAAGGCACAGAAACGACGCCUUCAAGAGAUCGAGGCCAGGGACAUAAAUGCAGCUCGGCUGGGCUUCCAGCUCAGCCAGAUCAAGCACGACCUGGAGUCCCGAGAUCAGCUGAUCACCAGUCUGCUGAUCCGCGAGCAGAAGGCCAAGGAGAACGCGCUGGCCUUGGAGCAGGCCAGAACCAAGAUGGCCAAGAAGCAGGAGAUCCGCGAACAGCUGCUUAGCCAGCGGGAGGAGCAGAAGUUCUUCCGAGACAAGGCAGUGCAGGAUGCCCUGGUCAUGCCCAAGGAUCCCAUGUGCUUCGGCGAACGACAGUAUCGAAUGCAGGUGGCCCAGCGGGAGAACACGCGGCGAUUGGAUGUCCAGUGCUACCAGGACAUGGCCCACAUGGUCGUGGAGGCCAAAAAUCACAGGAAAGCUGCCGCCCAGGAGGUGGCCGACAUUAUCCAGGAGGUGUACAACGUACAGAAUCGCCAGGAUGAACUUGUGGCCAUUGAGCGGAUGAAGGUGCUCUCCAAGCAGCCGCCUGAAGUUCUUUCGGCGCUCAAGAAAUCCAUCCUCACCGAAGAGGAGAUCAGCUCUUUAAACCUCAAGAAGUAAUUAAUGAGUUUUCAUUUAAUACUCGUUAGAUACUUGUAUUCCGCUGUUUAUUAUUAAUCCUACGCCCCCUUUGGAAGUUGGCUAUUAUUUAUCAAGUAUACGGGAACUACCUCAUGUGAUGCACCCUACUGGCACAGGAUGUGCUUAAUUUUCCAUUUCGCUGCUCUGCACUUUCAAAUAGACUUUGCCAUCCCAUUGGCCAUCCCGAUGAAAUUCACUUUCUUACCCAUUCUUUGGCCAGGCUUUUGCAGCAGGUCAGGUUUCCAGGUUUUGUAGCGGAGCAACCAACCGGUUUACCGACAUGGCAGCUGGAAAAUUUGUUUACAAUAAUACAAUUCGAACUUCGAACGCACGCAGAUGCAAGCGUAAGUGCACUUUGGACCGGGCUUACACACAUUUCGCUUGCGUGCGGAACCUUUACUUUCCAUUUCUGGACUCAUUAGCCGGCAACCGGAGGAGGCAGGUUUAUAUUUCAUAACUGGCAGUCGAAGAAGGCUUAAGAAUGUUGGCAAAGUCGCUUUUUUGGCAACUAUUUCGGUACACGCUCUUGACGGCUUGCGGAAACUUUCCCUGGAAAUAACUUUGGCUCCAAGUUUCGGCCUCAACGUGCAGAAAAAAAGAUCUUCAAGUUGGCCAAAAAGAUGUGAGGUUGUGUGCACAGGCGUGUCUGCAUUUCUUCCACCUGGAAGAGCGUUUCUGGCUCUAAUAGGAGUUGAGUCGUUGAGUCGUCGUGUGGCUGCAAAUGUGUUUGCAUUGCAAUGAAAUUGGAAACGAGAUCUGCAAAAGUUGAGUAAUUGAGCUGAUUCUGCUUCGUUGGUCACUCGAAUCGAAGAACCUUUCCUCCAACGGAUUCGUGCCACAACAAGCAUCUGGGGGCCCCAUUUUCAGGCCAGCCAGAAAGUGGAACAUUGAGAGAAAAUAGCCUAGUAAAUAAACAAAAAUUAAAUAAAAUUCUAAUUAUAAACUAAA